AUGUCUGGAAAUAGUCAACUGCCACCCGACGUAAUCGGGUUUAUAUGUUCUAAGUAUGAUAUCAUUUUGGCCAGCACCUCUCCACGGAGGUAUGAAAUUUUACACGAUAUAAUGGGAAUCACCGAUUUAAAAACAAUGGUUUCUACUUUUGAAGAGAAUCUUGAUAAAAUGAAUUAUUCUACCGAUCCGAUUGGAUAUGUGUGCGAUACUAGCUGGCAUAAAGCGCAGAAUAUAAUCGAGAUUUUGACAGAUUACGAAGAUGAAAACCCAAAUGAAAUUGAUAAACCUAAGCUUAUCAUAUGUGCAGACACAAUUAUUAUAGAUAAGAGUGGGAGAAUCUACGAGAAGCCUAAAACAAAAGAGGUCCAAAAGAAGUUUUUAAUGAAGUUUUGCUAUGAAGAUGAUGAACCAGUUAACGUUGUCACCGCUGUGACUUUAAUUAAAUGGUACGGCAGAGAAAACUUUGAAUUGGUACCAUUCCGAGAUGAAACCAAGGUAUACUUUGAUAACAAAAUACCUUUGAGAAUAUUGGAAGAAUAUGUAGAAAGCGGAGAUGGGCUGGAGGUUGGCGGUGGAUUUAAAAUACAAGGGCAAGGUGCUAUUCUAAUUGAAAAAAUUGAAGGUGAUUACUAUAACGUAGUUGGUUUACCGCUCAAUAAAACGUUCAAAGGACUCUAUGCUGAGGCUAAUUCCAUAUAA